AUGGCGUCACCUCAAUCGGAACGCGCCACCUUGGAUCAGAAACCAGCCGAGUCAACACCGGCAAAGGAGGAUACUAAGGCCGAGACUAAUGGUCACGCAUCUCCAUCCGAGGCGCCCGUCGAGUCCGAGAAGCCGACUGUCAAUGGCAACGGCAAACACGAUGGCGAGAACAAGGACACCGACGACGCAGACACGACCGCCACCAAAGAGCCCGAGCCGUCGCCCAAGGAAUCUCCCGUAAAGCCCGAUGAGUCAGCCGAAGAGCCUAAGACCGUAAAGUCCGACGACGCGUCGAAGGAUGAGGCUAAGACAGAUGACCCCAAGGAUGACUCCAAGGUCGAACCCAAGGAGGAACCCAAGGCGGAACUCGAGGAGGCCAAAGACGAUGCGAAGGACGAAAAGGAAUCGAGCAAACCACCCAGUCCGAAAUCCGCGGAGCCACCCAAAGACGUCGAGAUGACCGACGCCGCCGAGGAGAAGCCGGACGACAAGUCGGAAAUCACGGCCGAGGAGAAGGCGGCCGAGGCAUCUGAACCUGCCAAGAGCGCGCCUGAUGCCAAGGAGGAUGUCGAGAUGGGCCAAGACGAUGAGAAGGUUAACGGGGCGAAGACAGAAGCAGAGUCCCCUGCGCUGUCUGCUGUGGCUGGCCAAGAGGUAGAUCUCCACCCAGCAAGCAUGUCGCAACUGGCAAUUGACAAGAACGAGGAAAAGUCUUCAGCACCCAAGGAUGCCGACGUCCCUAUGGCCGACGCACCUGCGCCGGCAGCCAAGGUGUCCCGCGAACGCGAAGAGGAUGUUGCCGAUGAGCCUGCGGCAAAGCGAGCUAAGACGGAGUCCAACGCCGACUCUCAGGAAGCACCGGCCGCGGACUCUACCGUCGAGGUUAAGCCGCCAGGCGACACGGGCAAGAACGAAUUCUCUUUCGACGACCUCCCGAGGUGGAAUGACCCUGAACGUGACCCGAAGCCUCUGACGCCUCAUCAAAUACGCGAGUUCCGCAAAGUCCUGGCCGGCGUGAAGAAGACCAAGCACGGCGCCCAUUUCAAGGAGCCUGUCGUCAAGCUGUGGCCUGGGCUCGCCGAUAGUUACAUGAUGCGGAUUAAGAAACCGAUGGACAUUGGCGAGCUCGAGCGAAACCUGCGCGACAACAAAUACAGCUCAUUGCGCUCCUUCAAGGACGACCUUGCCCUGGUCUACAACAACUCGGUCGCUUUCAACGGACCAACCAACGAGUUCACUAAGGCUGCACUCAGCGUCGUGAAGUUGGCUUGGACUCGUGUGGCGGACAUCCCCGUGGAUGAACCCGCCAAAUCGAAGCCAGUGCCGAAGCCAUCCCGUCACUCCCACUCCGAGUCGCGAACCUCGGCCCCCACACCGCCUGUCCGCAGACAGCCUAGUGUUCACGCUGCGAGUCCUCCGGCCAAGACUGAGACAGAAGCGUAUGCGGUCCCCCCUGGUGGUGUGCCUCAGGUCCGACGUGCCUCGACACAGAAUGACUUGGACCGACCGAAGCGCGCCAUCCAGCCUACCAAGAACCGUGACCCGGAUUACUCGGCCAAGAACUUCAACAAGAAAAAGCUCCCCAUCGAGCUUCAGUUCUGUUACGAAGUUUUGACCGAACUGAUGGACUCCAAAAACGCACACUGCAACAUGCCGUUCUUGUAUCCCGUCGAUCCCGUUGCACUGGCCAUUCCCACCUACUUUACCAUCAUCAAGCGCCCCAUGGAUCUCGGUACAAUCAUGAGCAAGCUCAAGAAUUACGACUACCAGACCACGAAGGAGUUCCGAGUUGACGUUAAGCAAGUCUUCAAGAACUGCUACAAGUUCAACGGUCCGGGACAGCCCGUCUACGAGCAGGGUGAGCAGCUCGAGAAGAUUUUCGGAGAACUAUGGUCAAAGAAGGAUCAGUGGAUUGCGAAGCACACGCCGGCGAAGCCCACGUCUGACGGUUCGGCCCGCGAUAGCGAAGACGAGGCUGAAGAGGAGGAAGAGGAGGCCCCCGCUGCUGCUGCUGCGCCUCAGACGAACAAAACGAUCCAGAUGCUUGAAAAACGUCUUCAGGAAGAGACGGAGGAGCUGACGAAUCUGUACAAGACCGCAGACGCGUCAAGCGACGCAAUGAUUGACCUCCAACAAUCUGUGAUUGCAACCAUCCGGCAGCGCAUCCUGCAGGAGAAGCAGAACCUUCCGCAGGGCCAGAAGCCCUUGAAGAACGCUAAGCCCAAGCCUGCGAAGCCAACUAAGCCAAAGGCCAGCGCCGCGCCCACUAAGAAGUCGGCGCCGGCAGCACCUCCGAAGAAGAGUGGCGGCGGCGGAUCGAAGAAGGCGAAACUCCGAAAUAUGACACAGCCUGAGAAAGAUGCGAUCGCGAACGCUAUCAACGACCUCGAGAGUCCGCAUAUUGAGAGAGCUAUUGAUAUCAUUAAGAAGGACACAGGCCAAUCUGAGAACAGCAGCGGUGAACUUGAGCUUGAAAUAGAUCAGCUCACGAACGAGGCUCUCCAUAAGCUCUGGGAUCUGUGCAAGAAAGCGCUGCCCACGUUUGCUCAAGGAAUCGCUCCGGCACCGUCAGCUCGUGAGCCCUCUCCAGUACACAGUGCACCUGCCAAGGGAGCGGCCAAGUCGAGCAAGCCCAAGAAGAACAAGCCCAUGAACGCUAUAGAGCAAGAGGCACGGAUCGCAGAGCUUGAGAGACUGCGUCACAUGUACGGUAAGGGGGGCUCUGAUGAUGGUAACGAGCGGCCUGGAAGCUCUGGUCGUGCGGACGAAGCACCGAUCCACGGAGACAGUGAGUCUUCAGACUCGGAAGAAGAAUAA